GUAGUGUGAGUGACAUGACAUGACAGUCAGUCAGUUUUAAUUCGUCGAUCGAGGGGUUUUAGGUUUUGUUAAUCAACGUGAUGUGAGAAAGAUAAAGUAGUAUUUAAAUCCAUUGAGAUAUAUUUUAUCUCUGUUUUAGAAUCACGUAGGACGUUAUUUUUCACAUAAAACAUGAAGAUCUGGACAUCAGAACACACGUUUAACCAUCCUUGGGAGACAGUUGCACAAGCAGCAUGGAGAAAAUAUCCAAAUCCUAUGAAUCCAGCUGUCAUCGGAACUGAUGUUGUGGAAAGGAAGGUCGUUGAUGGGGUUUUGCAUUCUCACAGGCUUGUCAGUUCCAAAUGGUAUUUUCCACGAUGGGCGCAAGCACUUAUAGGAACAGCAAAAAUAUGCUAUGCAAGUGAAAAAUCAGAAGUGAACCCCCAACAGAGGUUGAUGACACUAAAAACAACAAACUUAACCUUCUGUCGCUACAUAGCAGUUGAUGAAACCGUCAGAUACACUCCCCAUCCGUCAGACUCUUCGAAAACACUCUUAACUCAAGAAGCUGUUGUUACUGUGCAGGGUGUUCCAUUAAGCAGUUACAUGGAAGAUCUAUUAGCCAAUAAAAUAUCUUUGAAUGCUGGAAAAGGUCGGCAAGCUAUUGAAUGGGUUAUCGGAAAACUUGAUUCUGAAAUCAAGGAACUUGCAAGUACAGCUGCUAAAAGUACAGACGAAUUAUUAUCUCACACGAAAAAAUCCCUCGACGACAUAACAUCUACAGCAAGACGAUCAAUGGACGACAUCUCUACCAAAGCCAAGAGAUCUCUUGAUGACAUUGAAAAAUUCACAAAGGCAAAUGCGAACCAACGAAGCUGAAAAGAGGAGUGAUCCUGGUUCUAUCUCAUGCUAUUGAGAAUGCAUCGGUCUGUGUGAUAACACACAAAUGCCUGCUUAGAUACCUAAUUUGUAUAUUAUUACUGAUAAAUGGGCAAUGUAACUAGUAUAUGUAUUUGUUAAUUGUAUUAGCACAAUUAUUAAUGUGAUUUCUUCCUGGUUUAGUAACGUUAUCUCUCUAUUGAAUAUAGGUAUAAAAUAUACUCAAAUAUUCAGUCUAUUCCAUAAACAAAUUUUAGUUUCUUUUCUAGUCUCAAAAACAAUAAAAUGAAGUAUUAUAAUAGGACAGAACUUUGGUGGUAGUUCAACAUAUCAAAGUAUAUGUGGACUUCAACUCAUUCCUAGAUAAUUUUACAUGUUCUAAAAACCAAUGACAAAAUGGUAAUUUAUGAUUAAUAAAUCACCUUGGAUGUUGAUAUGAAACAUAAUUAACUUUUGCUUAGACUACUUGAAAACAACUUGUGCCUGUUUAACAAUUCACUAUGUUACCAAUGAAUAAAAUAAGAUCACACAUUUUCUGAAGAGAUUGUAAUUCAACAAUAUUGGUAGUGAUUUUGAAGAUUAAUAUGACUUAAUGAAUGUUAACAGUGGUGUUUUUGUGGUAGAAUAAUAAAUUUUAUUAUCAGCACUUUGAGAAAAUAAGAGUUAUUACUUUAAAAAAGUGACAACUUACUCUCAGGGCUAUACAUAUAUGGUGGAAGAAGAAUAGUUUUUCUGGUCAGCCUUAAGAGUGACAUCUUGGAACCACUUAAUAUGACCCAAAGUUAAACAGGCUACUGUGGGAGAAGCUGUGGGCAACAGCUAGUGUUAGUGAAAUGAACUGACAACAUUCAUAAUUGUCAACAUGUAUAUUAUUAUUAUGAAAGUGACCCUAAAGUGAGAUACAACUAAAUUUCAACUGCACAAUACCUACCAAGUUUGAGGUAUAAAACUAAGCUUUUCUUAAUAAAACAUGUGACUGUUAUGGCGCAUUCCCUAAAGCUAUUAGCUGUUUGGGAUUGUAAAUGGUAUAGAAUAAUUUAUUACUUGAUCUUACUCCCAAAAAAUACAAUUUUUUUGUAACAGUUUUGUAAAUAAAAUGUCAAAAGUAAUUUAUAGAAGACAGUUUUUCAUUUAUAUUUAUUUAAAUAAAUUUUAGUUUCAAA